AUGAACAAUAACAACAACAACAACAACAAUAUGAUGGACAUUGAACCAGAUGGCGCUUCGACGUCCGUUUCCAGUGCUGGAUCGGACGAGUCUCCCAUGGCAAUGUCCAAGGCCGCCCAAACCAAGAUUCCCGACACGGUGCGAUAUGACGCCUUGAAUCCAGCCGCAACCGAAAAGAGAUAUUACGAUUUGGAGGCUUGGUUGUCCAAAUUGAGCAUGGGAACCCCACUGGCGGAAAGUGAAGUCAAGGCUCUUUGCGAAAUGGCGAGGGAAGUCUUGCUGAACGAAUCCAAUGUCCAACCUGUGCCAGCGCCUGUGACCGUCUGUGGUGACAUUCACGGCCAAUGGCAUGAUUUGAUGGAAAUCUUUCGCAUUGGAGGAAGUGCGCCAGACACUAAUUACCUAUUCAUGGGAGAUUAUGUCGAUCGAGGUUAUUACUCCGUCGAGACUGUCUCCAUGGUGGUCACGCUCAAGGUCCGAUAUCCCGAUCGGGUCUUUUUGCUGCGAGGCAACCACGAAUCCCGUCAAAUUACCCAAGUCUAUGGCUUCUAUGACGAAUGCGUCCGAAAGUACGGUUCGGCCAAUGUCUGGAAGAUGUUUACCGAUCUCUUUGAUUACCUACCCUUGACGGCACUGGUUGAAAAUUCCAUCUUUUGUCCCCAUGGUGGUUUGUCACCCUCCAUUGAUACCUUGGAUCACGUCCGCCAAUUGGACCGCGUCCAAGAAGUUCCCCACGAGGGUCCCAUGUGCGAUCUGGUCUGGAGCGAUCCCGACGACCGCAGUGGCUGGGGGAUCAACCCGCGAGGCGCUGGAUUUACCUUUGGCAAGGACAUUUCCGAAAAAUUCAACGAACGGAAUGGACUCUCCCUCGUAUCACGGGCGCAUCAAUUGGUGAUGGACGGGUACAACUGGUCGCAUGAUCAACAAGUGGUCACCAUCUUUUCGGCUCCCAAUUAUUGUUAUCGAUGUGGUAACCAAGCAGCUAUUAUGGAAGUGGACGAAUCACUGCAGAGAACCUUUUUGCAAUUUGAUCCUGCACCGAGACGAGGUGAAGCACAUUCUGGAAAGAAAAUGCCCGAUUACUUUUUAUAA